AUGAAGAAAAAAAAAUUAGUAGAAUGAAUAGAAUGAAUUUGAAUUGAAAUUGAAUAGAAUGAAUUUGAAGUUUUUCUACCUAAUCGAUUCAAUAAAAGAACAAUGGAUUUAAACAACACGAGUGAUUUAAAAUUUGUAUAAAGAGGAGGAAUUGCGAAUGGUUUACUAUUAGGCGCUUUAUUUAUACUUGUCCUCCAGAAAGAAUUUGAAGAACUUAAUUACGAAAUGUCUACGAUAAGAAGAAGCGACAGAAAUUUGAAAAUGAAUUUACAAACUUUGAUGAACCGUCACCAAGAAUUGUGGAUUUACAUCAAUCAGUUGAACACAAAAUUAGAAUUGAAUUUCGUAAUUAUUUAUUUCGGAAUAAUUUGGGGCACGAGCUUUUUGUAUUACGCAUACUUGUACGUCGAUAUGCCUUCGAUUUUUAAAAUUUUCAUGUUGGCACUGAUGAUUGUUAUUUCAUUCGUCUGCAUUCACUGUGGCUGUGUGCUAUGCUGCAUCGCUUUCACGAUGCGGAAUGGAUUUCAAGACAUUCGUCAAUUUGCACUCUGCCAUUUGGAAUUGGAACGAAAGCUUAAAAUAUUGGAUUUCAUGAAAAGAUUCGGCAAAGUGUCUUUGUGUCUGACGAUAGGAGGCUUCUUUUGUGUCAACAAGAGGAUCCCUGUAAAGAUGGCCACAACUCUGCAUUCCGUGUUUUCGGGAUUAUUAAAGUUGAAGAAUGCAUCCGUAAUUCGUAGAAACUGUCAGAUCUUCACAAAUAUCUCUGAUUCGAAUGAAAACAACUGAAAUAUUUUUUCGUAUUCAUUAUAACGUAAAAAAUAUGUUUUCUCAAAUUUACGAUCACCAGUAAUAAAAUA